AUGGAUUUUCAAAAAAUUACAGCCAACCUAAUCAAUCAAUGCCUACCUGGUGAAAUUAAGCAUGCUUAUAACGAUAUAUUAACCAUUGUGGGUCCAAAUGCGAAACAGGAAUUAUUGUAUAGUGUGGAACAAUAUAACAUCGAUAAUCUCGUUCCAAUAAAGGUCCAAGAUACGCCAGUUAUAAUUUCUAAAUAUAACAAGCAAGGUUCUAAAUACAUUGAUUAUCAAAACAGCCUCAUUUUCUCUGUGGAUCCUAUCGAAUUAGUGGGAUUGGAUAUCGAACCAUACCAAGAAAAAGAAGACAUCAAUGUUUCUGAAUUAGCCUCUUUAUACGAAUCGUUGAAAAUGCACGUCUCCAAGAAAUUUGCACCAGAAGUUACCACUAUAGCUGUUCAUCCAGUAGCUGACAAAAGAUUUGCAUUGAUUGUUUCGUGUACAAAAUAUAAUCCAUCUAAUUUUUGGAAUGGUAAUUGGAAGUCUUGUUAUAUUUAUGACACCGAUUCUAAGCUAAUGGAAGGUGAAGCUGCAGUUAAUGUUCAUUAUUUCGAAGAUGGUAAUGUAAAGUUCAACUCAUCUAAAACUUUGGACCAAGUGCAAACUUCUGACGAUUAUAUCAAGGUUAUCGAAUCUUUCGAAUUGGAAUUUGAGAAUGAAAUGCAGAGUUCUUUUAAUAACUUGAAUGAGUUAGGGUUCAAGAGCUUAAGAAGAAGGUUGCCUGUUACCAGAUCUAAGAUUAACUGGGGCAGAGCUAUUGGCAACUAUAGAUUAGGUAAGGAUGCUGCUUCGACAGGUUUAUAA